CCCCGAUGCCGGCCUGUAACCCGAGCUUUUAUUUCCUGGUGGCUCCUUUAAGAGGCAGAGCUCAGUGCUGGGAAUUCACGUCAGUUUCUGCACUGAAACUCUCAAGAUCAAUGAGCAAAGAGCUUUCUCAGUUCUGCCUUUCAGUUUCUCUCUUCCAGGAAGGAAAACAUUCGAGAGAGCGAGGGAGAGCGGCGGGAGGGCAGGGGGCGGGGGCGCCGGCCGCGGGUGGGAGGAGAGAGCGGGAGGCCGGCCGGGCUGCGCCCCGGGUCGCCGCGCCGCGCCGCGACCUGCAGACCCCGCCGCCGCGCUCGGGGCCCGGCUCCCACGCCCCCGCCGCCCCGCGCACCCAACUCCGCCGGCCGCCCCGCCCCGCCCCGCGCGCUCGCAGACCCCCGGGGCGGCUGCCGGGAGAGAUGCUGCAAGAAACUUCUUAAAUGACCGCGUCCGGCUGGCCGUGGAGCGCUUCUGGGUUGGGGAGAGGAAAGGAAAGUGGAAAAAAACUGAGAACUUCCUGAUCUCUCUCGCUGUGAGACAUGUCUGAGACUCCUGCUCAGUGUAGCAUUAAGCAGGAACGAAUUUCAUAUACACCUCCCGAGAGCCCAGUGCCGAGUUACGCUUCCUCGACUCCGCUUCAUGUUCCAGUGCCCCGAGCGCUCAGGAUGGAGGACGACUCGAUCCGCCUGCCCGCGCACCUGCGCUUGCAGCCAGUUUACUGGAGCAGGGAUGACGUAGCCCAGUGGCUCAAGUGGGCUGAAAAUGAGUUUUCUUUAAGACCAAUUGACAGCAACACGUUUGAAAUGAAUGGCAAAGCUCUCCUGCUGCUGACCAAAGAGGACUUUCGCUAUCGAUCUCCUCAUUCAGGUGAUGUGCUGUAUGAACUCCUUCAGCAUAUUCUGAAGCAGAGAAAACCUCGCAUUCUUUUCUCACCAUUCUUCCAUCCUGGAAACUCUAUACACACACAGCCAGAAGUCAUCCUGCAUCAAAACCAUGAAGAAGAUAAUUGUGUCCAGAGGACCCCACGGCCCCCAGUGGAGAACGUGCACCACAACCCCCCCACCAUUGAACUGUUGCACCGGUCUAGAUCACCUGUCACAGCCAAUCACCGGCCCUCUCCCGACCCCGAGCAGCGGCCCCUCCGGUCCCCCCUGGACAACAUGAUCCGCCGCCUUUCCCCGGCCGACAGGGCCCAGGGGCCGAGGCUCCACCAGGAGAACAACCACCAGGAGUCCUACCCCCUGUCAGUGUCUCCCAUGGAGAAUAACCACUGCCCGCCGUCCUCUGAGCCCCACCAGAAGCCGUCGAGCCCCCGGCAGGAGAGCACCCGUGUGAUCCAGCUGAUGCCCAGUCCCAUCAUGCACCCCUUGAUCCUGAACCCCCGGCACUCCGUGGAUUUCAAACAGUCCAGGCUCUCCGAGGACGGGCUGCAUAGGGAAGGGAAGCCCAUCAACCUCUCGCAUCGGGAAGACCUGGCCUACAUGAACCACAUCAUGGUGUCCGUCUCCCCGCCCGAGGAGCACGCCAUGCCCAUUGGGAGAAUAGCAGACUGUAGACUGCUUUGGGAUUACGUCUAUCAGUUGCUUUCUGACAGCCGGUACGAAAACUUCAUCCGAUGGGAGGACAAAGAAUCCAAAAUAUUCCGGAUAGUGGAUCCCAAUGGACUGGCUCGACUAUGGGGAAACCAUAAGAACAGAACAAACAUGACCUAUGAGAAAAUGUCCCGAGCCCUGCGCCACUACUACAAACUAAACAUUAUCAGGAAGGAGCCAGGACAAAGGCUUUUGUUCAGGUUUAUGAAAACCCCUGAUGAAAUCAUGAGUGGCCGAACGGACCGUCUGGAGCACCUUGAGUCCCAGGAGCUGGAUGAACAAAUAUACCAAGAAGAUGAGUGCUGAGGGAACCAAGCCACGGCCUCAGCAGGGGGCCGGCAGCCGGGGGUCCCCUGCCCACGAGGGCCCUGGAGGCGUGGCAAGCAGGCGGGCUGAGAGCUGAACCGGAAGAGACCCGGGAGUGGGAGUGACACUUGUCUCGCAUAGCGGGAGGGUCCCCAGAGCACCUUAGACAAACCACCCAGCGAAGGCAGGGCUGGCAUUCUGGCCGAGGGCACGAGCCUGGGACUCCUGGUUCUGUUUUCUCCUCAUGUGGAACCUCUCCAUCUGUAAUUCCUCACCCUCACCCGUCCACCUAUUGUUAAUUUCAUGGUGUUUCUUUUUUUUUGUUUUGUUUUGUUGUGGUGUUUUUUUUUUUUAAAGACCAUGCAGUUUGACUUUUCAUCAUUCAUACAGGGGAAGACAUCCGAGGUUGUUUUCCUAUGGAAAUAUAUAUCUAUUAUAUAUAUCUAUUUUUUGCAAAUCUCACAAAGUGCGGCAAGCCCAGCUGGUCAGGAAAGAGAACACUUGCAAAGGGUUUCAGGUUCCUCUUCAGCCUGCCACGUAGAUCAGAUUUGUGCCUGUUAAUAUUGGGUCUUGGCUGGAAAAAAAAAAAAAAAAAAGAAAGAAAGAAAGAAAAAAAAAGAGGCUUUUAAAAAAGAUAAAGUGAAAAGGAGAGCUUUUUCUCCCUCUCGCUCUUUCCUUCCCGGCCUCCCGUCUGUCCUCCCUCCCCGCCUCCUGUUGAGGUUCAGAUGCCUUUUAGCAGAAUUGUGCCUCUCCUGGAGUCCUGAGCAUUACGGACGCCCAAAGGCCAUCUGUGGCCUGGGUCCUUUGCAGCCGGCGCUGCCAAAUCAAACCCACAUCCCGGCAUCUGGCUACCUACUGGAGGGAGGCCCCAGACCUCGCAGGUGCUGCGGUCCUCCAGGAAGAGACAUGCCAGCCCAGCGGGCUGCCCCCACCCCCAAACCCUACUCCCACCCCGACAUGGCUGCGAGAACCCCAGGACUUGGUGGCUCCUCGGGAAUGGAAGAUUCAGGACAGAAGGCGGCUGCGUCAUUCAGAAGGCCCCAGCAUCAUGGGAUUAACUUGCAAGUUCUGCAAGGCAGAAAAUACAAAAAGACCCCAAAGGGCCUGAUGGUCAGACACUAGGUGGAAAUUGUGCUGCAGGGGGGGAUCUGUGCUUCCAGGGCAGGUGACUGAGGCUAGUGAGCGAGAAGGUCUUCUCUGUUCCAUCCAGAGGCCAUUUGUAGUCAGUUUUAUGCCCUCGCCUGCUUUGUUUUGUCUUUUUUCCCAAUUCCUAGCCUUUUUUUUUUUUUUUUUUUUUUUUUUAACUUUUCCUGGUCCCCACAAGAUCCAGGGCAUUUGAGAGGGAGGGCCCUGAUGUACACAGCCACUUGCUCCCGGUGUUCGCCAGGCCAGGGCAGACAAGAAACUCCUCAGACUCAUUACCUAUUUUGUUUCUUCUUCUUUCAUAGCUGUGUUUCAGACUGGACCCAUUUGUGGCUCUUUUUCACCUCUAAAUCAGGUCCGCAGUAUCUUGUAAAAUGAGGGAAGUGCCACCCCAUAGUACUUUUGAUGAUAUCAGAUAUAUUUAGAAAGCUGUUUUAGGAGAGCUUUUUUUUAGGGUGUUUUUUUUUUCCUUGUCUUGCCACCUGGAUUGACUCUCCCAUUUCCAGGUUCAGAAUCCAAUAUUAGGAUGACAGUCUUUUUUAAUCCUAAAGAUUAGACCCGCCUUACAAAGCACCCCCCUCCCUGCCCCAUUCCUCUGUUUCCUCUACUAACUCGGGUGAGCACCUCACACUCCCAGCAUCACCACUGGCAGCACUAGGGGGAGGCUGCCAGAGCCCUGGGUGUCUCCCCAAGCCACUUCUGACUACGUCAGGCAGGUGGGGGUUGGAAGAACACAGGCAGGAGGAAUUCAACCCCACCCGUACUGACAAGAACCCCAGCCUGGGGAGAAGGAAGGACAGACUGACUGUAGGUCGGAGGCACCGGAAUCAGGGAGCCCUUCAAAGCUUUUCAUCUGUGCUCUGUUCCUGCCUCUUAACGAACCGCAGAUAGAAACGUGGCUGUAGCCAGCCUCCUCUGCUGUCACACACUCCCCCCAACUCUACCUUCCAGAAGGUUGGGCUUGCGGUCAAGUCAAGGACCUGCUGUGUGAGGCUGGAGGGUCCACUGAUGAAGGAAGGGUAUGGUCUCAUCUGCUUGAACGAUGGUGAGAUUCAGCUGGCCCCAGCAUGCUACAGAUACCUUUCACGAGCGGUCACUCCAGUCUCUACAAUGACCGGUGUUGGCUCACACCUGGAGAUCUUAAGCCAAGUAUCUGGUGUGUUGUGAAGGCUGUUGAGUGUAAGCGCUGGAGAGAGAGGGUGCAUUUUGACUGAGGCCCUUUAUAUGAUGAUGUAACCAGAGACAGGACAUGGUGGGGCUCUUCCCUAAGGUUAGAACAUCUCAUUCUGAUAGAAGGACCCGGGCUUUCACUGUUUGAAGAAUAUUACAGUUGAAUUAGGGAGGGAAAUUCCCAUUGGCCCCAAGGAUUUCUGUAUUUAAAGAAUACGUAGGACAGGUUGACACCUUCAGUCGCUUGAAGAAUAGAAGGUGCUAAUUCCAAUAUGAUCUUCAUUUCCCACCCAGAUACAUUCCCAAUAAGAGUUUUCUGUUGACUCCCUUAAAUUAGGCAAACGUCCUUCUCAUUGCUUUGAGCUAACAAGUGGGCAGUGCUGACACCAGAGACACGGUGCUUCCACGCUGCUGACCCCAGGGAUGCCUUAGGACAUGCUGACCCUGCUUCGGAUGUCGCGAAGCACCUGAUAGACCCUGGAAGGGAUUCAGAGGAAUCGGGCACAGUCCCGGCCCACCGAGAGCGUCCACUCAACCUGUAGACUCUAUCCAAGCUGAAAUUCCUUACUUCAACACCAAGUGCUGGGGCUGAUGGCACGUUCACCUGGGACCACGUGAAAAGUAUGUCUGUGACUUGAAUAGUUGGCCUUUCCCUGCUGCUGUCCCGGGACUGCUUGGCUUAGAUCAGAAAUCGAGAAAGGGCUCUGCAGAAGAGCACCGCAGAGCAGGGAAAGCUUGCUUCAUCUGUAUUUGGGGGGGUCACUCUCACUUGUAUCUCCAGCUAGAAAUUCUCUAGCACCUUCUCUGGCCUGCAUCUUGGGUUCACCACGUUGCCUCUUCUCCAUCAAAGGAGGUCAGUGGCUAUUGGCUGGACUGGCCAUGUGGCAGAACAGUCUCUCUUUCUGUCCCAAGGCAACUUGGUCUCUUGCCUGACGCAGGGUCACCAAUGUCCUGAGUCCUUUCUUUUUUCCUUCCUCUUUCUUUCUUUCUUUCUUUCUUUCAGGGGGACAUCCCCACAGAAAAAGGGGAUAACAGACUGAUGGAUUUUCUCCUCUCAACAGUGUGUUUGGAACCCUCUUACCCAGGGUCUUUUUACACUGGUGUCUUGCCCAAAUAAGAAUGUAGCUUUAGCUAAACCUUCAAUGGCUAUGACAGGAUCCACCUAAAUGACUAAGUAACUACUGUUUCCACCUUUCACUGUCUAUGCUCCAAGUCAGUACAUUUUUGAAACAUUUCACUCCCUUCUCCAGAAGGGAGACUUGAGUGUCCAGGAGGUAGGAUGGUGCCCUGGGAGCAGACAGCAUGCCAGGGACAGAAUGAGGAGUGGAAUCCAGCCUGGCCAGACCCCCACUGGACCCAUUCCCACCCAAGAAGUUGCAG